UCGAUGCCGUUAUAAAGACUAUCUUGUAGUUACAUACUCCUUGACAUAACCUUCCUUUACCGGCACAUAAUUUUCGAAAAACGUAUUAUGAAAGAAUAUUUAGAUACUGUAACUUUUAAUUCAUUUAUUUUAUCCUUUCUAAUGCAAAAAUUAUGUUCUUAUGACGUGAAUUGUAUUCGUGAUGAUAUAGUGUUUGUAGGUUUAGCGAAAUAGUGUCAUGUGAAAUCUACCGAUCGUUUUAAAUAAAUAAAGUUAAUUUUAACAGUGAUAUCGAAAUCAUUGAGAAGACAAAGCGUAGUUGACAUCUACAUUUGUCAAACAGAAUAUUAUAAACAUCCCCAAAAUGUCAGAAUUUCGAAAUUUAGCAAAUGCCAUCAAACGAUUGAAAAAAAGUGUUUCGGAUUUUCCUAUCGGAGCUGUCUCCUUAGAUGAUUACACACCCGUAGAGGAGAGAAUCAGAAAUAUGCGAGAAUUGCUCAAAUUCUUAAAUGCCAGAUUAAUUACACUCAAAGCUCAUUAUGAAUUACAAACAAGGGAUGAACCAGAAGAAGGUACAGAAAGUAUAAUAACAUGUUUACAUGAAGAAACAGCAAAUACACUAAUAACCGCUAAAGUGAUUAAAUUUAUACUUCACACGGAAGCUAUUCAAGCCAUUCUAACAGGCAAGGAAGGUGAUAGUGAUAUGCAAAAUAAAAUUUAUGACUUCCUGUGUCAACUAUUUAGUCUUAAUGACAAAAUUAUAUUUUCACAAACAACCAUGCAAGAUGCAUUACAAAAGCAAUUGAACUUGAAAAUUGAAUGUCAGAAUACGAUACUUGAAUACAAGAAGUUCUUAAAGACCCAAGAGGAAAUGCUCAGCAAACAAUUACAAGAGACAAAUCCUGAAAUAGCUCGAAUGUAACGACGUCGCGUCGCAGCAAUUACGCCACGCUGAGCCACCGGAUUCGUCGAAAGUAUCGUCGCCCACCACUCGAAAGCAUAAGUGCGCAUUCCUGCAUUCACUUGUACCGACAGUGGCACAAAAGAUACAGCUGAGCAAGCCUGAACCAGAUCCACGGAUGACUCGGACCUCUUGCGCAGUCGAAGGUCGUUGACUCGUGCACGCAAUUAGUCACUGCUUUCGCGUAAUUAAUGUUGCAUUUCGCGUCGUGGCGAAUUCGCGGCAAGACAAUGAUUUCCGAUAGAACCGCCACGCCCCCUUUGCUGAAUUAACUAUUGUUCUCGGGAGCGCUGCCCGUGACUUAGAGUCACCUUCUUGCGAAACAUCGAAAAAGAAACUGGAUUUUCAACUACCGCUGAUCAUACUCGCCUGGGACGAUGGGGAUCUUACCGGUGAGGAUUGCGUUUCAGGUCUGCGGAAUCAACUUUGGGAAAACCUGUGAACUUUGUUCCGAUCCUCGAACCUUGGAGUUCCGAUUAUUUAGGCUAAGCCAUGCGGAUCUUAUCAAUGGAAUAGGACGUAGCGUAUAAGAAUAAUACAGACUUAUUCGAAGGAGUUCGUACCUAUUUUUAAUCCAGCCUUCGUGAAAUCGUGUUAAGAAGCUCAAUCACACGUAAUAGUAGAUGGAUCUUUUAACCCCUUCAGUAAUCAUUAUAAAAUUAAAAAAUGGAAAAAAGAACACAUUUUUUGUUAUGAACGAAUUUCAUUUACUGAACAUAUAUAUCCCUCAUAAAAGCCACUUCGGACCCAAAAUGGGACUGAAAGUUGAUAUAUCUACUGAUUAAUUUUGGUAACAUUAAUCCUAAUAGAGAUAUGUGAAGAUAAAAUUAAAACGACUCGCGUAUACUGUACAAAAAUUUACACAGGGUUGCCCAUCUGUAAUCUGCGUUUCUAUGUACCAUAAGUCGUAUUUAUCUUCACUCAUUUUAUAUUCAGGAGUGGUCUUUUCUGCAGGUAAAGCUUGCCGAGUUAUCUCGGGCGUGGUCCUUUAGCGGUUAAUUAUAUCCUCUUUAUACUCUCCAAUAAUAAAAAUCUUUAUCAUUGCAGCGUAGAAUAUGAUCAUCUGUUUAUUCGGAAAUUUUUCAAACUUCUUUUUAUCGUUGUCAAUCAUUUCCUUGUAACUAAUGCAUGCACUAACAUCAUUGCAAACAUAAAUCCUCCGUGUAUCAAACAACUGUACCCAAUUUCUCUAAAUAAAUAAAUCCGUGCCCGAAGCAUAGCUCGACAAUGAAGCUCGCCAGCAUCUGCCGAUUGAAAUCGAAAGAGAGACUUUGUGGCCGCUUUGCGAGCUGCAUGGCGUUCGUUUGAUGUAUUCAAAUUCUCCUACCUGAACGGCGUGCAAAAGGACAGCCGUUCGGUAUCGCUUUCAACACAGAGGAACGGAAGAUAUUGGCAGCAGCGAUGUCUGGGUUAGGUGAGCGAGCGAACACGGAGGCGUGGUCACGCACGAUAAUCCUUUUCUGCUCCGCAAUUUAGCAUAGAAGACCUUCGCGAACUAGAAUAGCAAUUUCGUCGAA